AUUUGAAGUGACAGAUUUGAAGAAAAAGAAAAAGCAGAAGCAGAAGGAGAAGGAGAAGGAGAAGGAGAUCAGCACUGGGUAACGCUAACCAAUCCAGCCAAUCAGUGUGCAGGGGGCGGGGCUUAGAGUGAACGCGGAUAUUGUGUGAAGCUUUUCAAAAUGGCGGCGCCCACAGGCCGUGACACAUGCGAGUGUAAACCUGACAUGGCAGCUGUUAAAGCGGUUUCCUCGCCUUUGCCUCUUGCUCUCCGGAUUGUAGCGGAGUGUCCUGUGACCAAGGCGCGCGCGUGUGUGCUCACACUUCCCCACGGCAGCGUUAACACGCCGGUGUUCAUGCCGGUCGGCACGCAGGGCACCAUGAAGGGAAUCAGUGCGCAGCAGCUGGAACAGCUGGACUGUCAAAUCUGUCUCGGAAACACGUAUCACUUGGGCAUGAGGCCGGGUCCUGAGCUGAUCGAGAAAGCCAACGGCCUGCACGGAUUCAUGAACUGGAAGCGAAACCUCUUGACGGACAGUGGAGGUUUUCAAAUGGUGUCUCUAGUGGAGCUGUCCAAGGUGACGGAGGAGGGAGUUCUGUUCCGCUCGCCGUACGAUGGAAAGGAGAUCCUGCUCACCCCCGAGCAGUCCAUCGGCAUACAGAACAGCCUCGGCUCGGACAUCAUGAUGCAGCUGGACGAUGUGGUCAGUAGCACGGUGACUGGGCCGAGGGUGGAGGAAGCUAUGCACCGCUCAGUGCGCUGGCUGGACCGCUGCAUCGCCGCCAAUCAAAACCCACACCGACAAAACCUGUUCGCCAUCAUUCAGGGAGGCCUUAACGCCGAGCUACGGAGGGCGUGUUUGGAUGAGAUGACAAAGAGGGAUGUUCCUGGCUUUGCCAUAGGUGGUUUGAGUGGUGGAGAGGAGAAGGACGACUUCUGGAAGAUGGUGACCCUCAGUACAGACCACCUGCCCAGAGAGAAGCCUCGCUACCUAAUGGGAGUCGGCUACGCCGUGGACCUGGUGGUGUGUGUGGCUCUGGGCUGCGACAUGUUUGACUGCGUUUUCCCGACACGCACAGCUAGGUUCGGCUCGGCGCUGGUGCCCUGGGGCUCUCUGCAGAUCAAACAGAAACAGUACGCCAAGGAUUUCCAGCCCAUAGACCCCGAGUGCGAGUGUCCCACAUGCAAGAGACACAGUCGAGCGUAUCUGCACGCGCUGUUUAAGAGCGACACGGCCGCCAUGCACCACAUCACCAUUCACAACAUCUCCUACCAGCUGACUCUGAUGCGUGCGGUGAGGCAGAGCAUCAUCGAGCAGCGCUUUCCCGAGUUUGUGCGAAGCUUCAUGAGGAGGAUGUUCCCCAACGAUGAGCCGCACCCCAGCUGGGUUGUGGACGCCCUCGCGUCUGUCAACAUCACUCUAAACCGAUGAGGCGUUCUUCAGGAGUUGGACGAUGGAAGAUUUAUAGAUGUUGGAACUUGUCUCUUUUGACACAGAUGUUUUUAAAUCAAUCUGCUUGUCCUUUUACAUCUGUCCAGAUGUUCAGUUUGGUCUUAUUUCUGUGACCUCAAUACGUUUUUUUUUUUUGUUUGUUUUUUUAACACAAUCAUUGUUUUUAGCCAGUAAACUCAGCACUUAGAUUAUUUUCUAUUAUUCUCAGUGCUGUAUUUAUUUUCCCAGAACAUACUGUUUAUCUCUCCUGCUGUUGUGUGUAUUGAUCAAGUGCAUUUUAUCCUCUUUUCUUUUCCUCUUCUUCUUUUCGACUCCAUCACAUUUAAAAUGUUUUUUUUUAAUAUCUUGUAUUAUAUAAUUACUUCUUUUUUUUUUUUUCCUAUAAGUAUCUUUGAAAGCUUCUUAGCAGCUUCUCAUGAAUUGCAUGUUUAAUACAUGACUUUAGGAGGAUUAAUGAUUUAUACAAAUCAGAGCUGAUCUGGAGAAACACAUGAUUAAUAUGCUGCUGUACCUGGAUUGACCGCCAGACGGCAGCAUGAACAACAGUGUCUGGUUUAGUGACUGCAUCCUCAAACACAUCCGGCUCUAUUAUAUAUGACAGACGUCAUGAUGUCAUUUUUUCACAUAUCCGAUGUUUUCUAUUCAUUAAUCUUUUGAAUUUUCAAGUCAUCAAUUUAGAAUUUUUUUAACUUCUAAACUGAGUUUUUUAUUCUCUAUAAACAUGUUAUUUAAUAUUAAACAUGUAAUCAGGGUUUUUAUCUUGAAUAGAAACUGUUUGCCGGUGAGUUUUAUACAAUAAAGAAAUUGUGCCUGUG